AUGUCGUCGAAAAGAGAUCGAGACAAAGAAGACUUGCCGUAUGAAUCGGAUGAUGAUGAUGAUGCUGAUAGUGAUUAUGAAACACAUAUGCCUGCAUCGAAGAAAUCAAAGAAAGGAGCACCAAAACCACUGUCUCUUCGUGUUCAAUUGAAUGCAUUAACAGUACCAGUGCUUAAGAACAUUCUUCGAUCCAACCAUCAGAAUCCAUUUGGAAAUAAAGCAGAACUUAUUUCUCGUAUCAUCUAUUUAGUUCGGCACGGUGGUUAUCCGCGUUGUCCGAAAUGUAAAUUUGGUCGACUGAAAAAAAGCUUGCAUUGA